AUGGGAGUUUGUAUAAGUAACAUUUAACCAACUUCAACAGAGAUUGCAGUAGAUUAAAUAAUUCCUUAAUAAUUGAAUAAGCCUAGUCAAUCUAUGUCUAGUUUGGCUGUGGAAGUAGAUAAAAUAUAGGAAACUAUUAUAGCCACGGAGAGGAGAUAGAAAACGUUAAGCCAAGAUAGAAGUGGUUGAGGAACAAAUUCAUGAGAAUGUAAUGAAGUAACAAAGAGAAAAAAGUCCAUUUGACUUUCAAAUGAUUUUGAAUGCAUUUGGAAAUCAUUUUAUGUUUGCAUAAUUAGAUAAUAAUGAUAAGUAAUGAUAAUGAUAAUAUAGAGCAAAAUUAAUAGAGGAAAUGUAUUAUGUUACAUCAAAAGAUUAAGAGUUUAUUUUUAAGCAAGGAGAUAAAGCAACAUUAUUUUUCAUAAUUGGUAGAUUUUGAUAACUUAUUCAUGAAGAACGAGGCUAAUGUUAGAUAAUAAUAAAUGAAGAGAAAAAGAGAGUAUUAAAAUCAUCUGAAUUUUUUGGAGAAUUGGCUUUGAUGUAUCAUGCUCCUCGUUCAGCUACUGUAAUAGCAAUUGGAGAUUGUGGAUUUUGGGUUUUAGAAAGGAAUAAAUUUAGAAAGGCUGUUGAAGAUAUAUAAUAAAAAGCAUAUGAAAUAAAUAGAGAAUUUUUGGUCUAAGUAAAAUUUUUUGGUAAAUUUUUAAGUGAUUAUAGAUUUCAUGACUGAAGAAUAGAGAGAUAGUAUUGCAAAUGUCUUAAUUACAUUAAAAUUUAAAUAAGGAGAAUCUAUAGUAAAUGAAGGUGAUAUGGCUAACUCAUUUUAUAUAAUUUAAAAAGGAACUGUUUAAGUAACUAAAUAAGGACAAUUCUUAAGAUAUAUGAAUUAAGGAGAUUCUUUUGGUGAAUAAGCUCUAUUUGGGAAUUGUGUAAGAGGUGCAACUGUCAAAGCUUAUAAUUCAGAUGUCAAUCUUCUAUCUUUGAGUAGAGAAGAUAUCACAACUAUAUUAGGAGAGAAGAUUCAGGUACAGAAUUUGUAUUAUUUAGUCACAUAGUUAAUAAUUUACACCAAUAUGCAGAAGUGGGCAUUUGAGAAACAUCCUCAAUUAAGAGAUUUAACUAAAAUGUAAAUACAAAAGAUAGUUUCAAAUUUUAAGAUCAAAAGUUAUGAGAGUAAUGAUUGCAUCUUCAAAAUGAAUUAGUUUGUGGAUAAAUUAAUUAUCAUUCUCGAUGGAUAAUUAGAAUUUGAAGGUCAAUUAUUUAAUAAUGGUUAAUUAUUUGGAGAUAAAUAUUUAUAAAUGGAUGAACAAAAACGAAAAAUUAAUCAUGAUAUUAAAACUAAUAGGAAAACUACAUUGUCAGAACUUCCUUUUAAAUAAUUCUUUGAAUGUAUUGGUGGAGAAUUGGAUACUGUUGUUAAGAAAAAUAAAGAUCGUGCUGGUUCCUCUAGUUUAUAGGAAAAAAGAUAAAAAAGCAAUUAUUCAUUACUUACUUUAGAAGAUUUUAUUGGAUUAAAGUUAUUAGGAGAAGGAACCUUUGGAAAUGCUUAUUUAGUUAAGGAUAUUCCAUAAUAAAAUAUGCAUGUCAUGAAAUGUGUACCUAAAGUCAAUGUUAUUGCUAAUAACACAGAAAGACAUAUCAAAAAUGAAAAAUAAGUUUUAGAAUUACUUAAUCAUCCAAAUUUAGUUUGUUUUCAUAGAUCAUUUAAGGAUUAAAAUUACAUAUACUUAUUAACAGAGUAUAUUAAAGGUAAAGAAUUAUUUCAUGUAAUCCGAGAAAUAGGAUUAUUGAAUUCUUAUGAAACCUAAUUUUAUAUUGCUUAAAUGAUAAAUAUUUUGGAGAAAUUGCAUUCCUCACAUAUAAUAUAUAGGGAUGUAAAGCCUGAAAAUUUUAUUGUUAUGGAAAAUGGUUAUAUUAAAUUGAUUGAUAUGGGUACUGCAAAAGUAUUAAAAUCAAGAGCUUCCAAAACUUAUACCCUUGUUGGUACACCACAUUAUAUGUCUCCUGAAAUUAUUAAGGGAAAGGGUUAUAGUUUUUCAACAGAUCUAUGGUCAUUAGGAAUAUGCUUCUAUGAACUAAUGUGUGGAGAAGUACCUUUUGCUGGAGAUGAAGAAGACGACCCGUAAUUCUUUUAGUUAUUUAGAUUUAUAAUUGAGGAAGCUAUUUUGAAUGGAAAAUUAGAGUAUCCACAAAUACUGAAGGAUUUUAAGGCAAUAAAAUUAAUAGAUUAAUUAACAAAUAGAACACCAGAAUUACGAUUGGGAGGUUCUUUUGAUGCUUUAAAAGUUCAUCCUUGGUUUGAUGGUUUUUAGUGGGUAAUUCUUUUAUUCUUAAUAUUCAAGGAAGAAUUAGAAACUUUUCAAAUAAAACCACCAUAUAUACCAAAAUUAUAGUAGAUGAUUUAUGAAGACAUGCCUUUUUUAGAUAUGAUUAAAAGAGAUACUAGUCCAGAUAUGAUUUGCACUUAAUAAGUAGAUUGGGAUUAAGAUUUUUGA